AUGGUGGUUAAUGAUAGGGAAAACACAGAACAUGAUAACAAUAUUAACGAUUGGCUUUCGAUAACGUCGAAUCGGACGGCAAAAUGGUGGUAUUCCGCUAUCCACAAUAUUACUUGUAUGGUUGGUGCUGGUAUUCUAGGACUUCCUUAUGCCAUGUCUCAACUUAGAUGUAAUUUCAGUUAUUCUGCCAUUGCUUGGGUGGCUUCAGCACUAAGAGGAGUACAACCAGACACGGAUUACCAUCACUCAAGUGCAGGGAAUGUAUUUGGUUUUUUAAGUGGGUUAGGAACAGUAGCAUUUGCAUUUUCUGGACAUAGUGUUGUUUUGGAAAUCCAAGCAACUAUCUCUUCAACUCCGGAGAUUCCAUCAAAAAUACCGAUGUGGAAAGGAUCUCUUCUUGCUUAUAUAGUUGUGGCUCUGUGUUAUUUUCCAAUUGCUUUUGUUGGUUACCUUGUGUUUGGUAACAAAGUUGAAGAUAACAUCCUCAUCUCGCUUGAGAAGCCAGGUUGGCUAAUCGCUGCUGCCAAUAUAUUUGUCGUUAUUCAUGUAAUCGGUAGUUAUCAGGUCUUUGCAAUGCCAAUAUUUGACAUGCUCGAAUCCUUUCUUGUGUUGAAGAUGAAGUGUAAACCUAGUAGCAUACUUCGCUUUCUAACACGCUCUUCAUUUGUUGCUGUUACCAUGUUUAUUGGGAUAAUAUUUCCAUUCUUUGGCUCGCUUCUAAGUGUCUUAGGAGGAAUAGCUUUCGCACCCACUUCAUAUUAUCUUCCUUGCAUUAUAUGGCUAAUUAUACGCAAACCCAAGAGAUACAGUUUAUCCUGGUUUUGUAAUUGGUUCUGCAUCAUUUUCGGCGUGUCGUUGACAAUAUUAUCUCCCAUUGGAGCUGUAAGGGAUAUCGUAGUUCAAUUCAAAACCUAUAGAUUCUUCUCUUAAUCACUUCUCUAAUUGGAUCCGGCUAUUUUUUUUUAGCGGAACAUCUUGUGGUUAAUGUUUAAUGAUGUACUAAUGUUUAACUUGGCGUAGUUAUGUAGGCAAAUUGGUGUAUAGGCAACUUGAUA